CCUCGCGCUGCCCCGCCGCGCUCUCCGCCUGUUGGCGCUAGCGGCGGGCGGGGCCGCAGCUCCCGGCGGGCCGUGCCGCGCCCCGCCCCGCUCGGGGCAGGUGGCCGGGCCGCAGCGGACGGCGCGGAGCCCGGCCAUGAUGCUGCGUCUGGCUGCUUUUACAGCACUGCUGCUGUUCUUCAGGGUCAGCCUGGAGCUGUCCUGGACCCAGGCCAUCCCCACUCUCUUCAUCUUCUACCUGGGAUCUGGCGGAUGGGACUUCUUCCUCAUAUUCAUCAAGACAAUACGAAGGGACGUCACCACUGGGCUGGUCCUGUUGCGGGUGAAGUGGCAGGUAUGGAAGCACGUGAAGGAGAAGAAUACAGUUGCCAAGAUCUUCCAGAAGACUGCAAGCAAGUAUCCAGAGAAGACAGCACUGAUCUUCCAAGGCACGGGCGAGAGCUGGACCUUCCGGCAGCUGGAUGAGUACUCCAACCAGGUGGCCAAUUUUUUCUACGGCCAAGGCUUCCGCUCUGGUGACGUGGUGGCUCUUUUCAUGGAGUCCCGCAAUCAGUACGUGGGGCUGUGGCUCGGCUUGGCCAAGAUUGGGGUGGAGACCGCCUUGGUGAAUUCCCACCUGCGCAUGGAGGCCUUGCUGCACUGCAUCACCAUCUCCAACUCCAAGGCUGUGGUUUUUGGGGUGGAGAUGAUGGAAGCAAUGCAGGAAGUGCAACCCUCCCUGGAGAAAUCUAUCCAUCUCUUCUGGUCUGGGGAAGGAAGCCUGAAGUCCACACUUCCUGGUGCGAAACACCUAGACCCACUUCUGCAGGUGGCCCAGCGUCACCAGCCAACACCCCCUGAUAAGGGCUUUCUUGAUAAACUCUUCUACAUCUACACCUCUGGCACGACGGGGCUGCCCAAGGCUGCCAUCGUGGUGAACUGCCGGUACUUCCGUAUGUCCAGCUUAGUGUUUUAUGGUUUCCGCAUGAGGCCUGACGAUGUGAUGUAUGACUGCCUCCCGCUCUACCACGCUGCAGGGAACAUCGUGGGGGUCGGGCAGUGCCUGCUGCAGGGCAUGACGAUUGUCAUCCGCAAGAAGUUCUCAGCCUCGCAGUUUUGGGAGGACUGUGUGAAAUACAACUGCACGAUUGUGCAGUACAUUGGGGAGAUCUGCCGCUACCUGCUGAACCAGCCAUACCAGGAGGUGGAGCGGCAGCACCGGGUGCGCAUGGCACUGGGCAACGGGCUACGUGCCUCCAUUUGGCGGGAGUUCAUGGCACGCUUUGGCAUCGCCCAAGUAGCUGAGUUCUACGGGGCCACUGAGUGCAACUGCAGCCUGGGAAACUUCGACAACAACGUGGGAUCAUGUGGCUUCAACAGCAGGAUUCUACCAGGCGUGUACCCCAUUGGCUUGGUGAAGGUGGAUGAAGACACCAUGGAGCUGAUACGGGGCUCGGAUGGUGUCUGUAUCCGCUGCAAACCAGGGGAACCAGGGCAGCUGGUGGGCCGCAUUGUCAAGAGCAACCCCUUGCAGCACUUUGAUGGCUACCUGAAUCAGUCAGCCACCAACAAGAAAAUCGCCAGGGACGUGUUUACAAAAGGAGAUGCUGCCUAUCUCACAGGGGAUGUCCUGGUGAUGGACAAAUACGGCUACAUGUACUUCCGGGACCGCACUGGGGACACAUUCCGCUGGAAGGGGGAGAACGUCUCCACCACAGAGGUGGAGGGGACACUGAGCCGCAUCCUCAACCUGACAGACGUGGUGGUUUAUGGGGUGGAGGUCCCAGGGAUCGAAGGGAAGGCAGGAAUGGCAGCCAUCGCUGACCCGGAAAACUCCUGUGACCUAGAACGCUUUGCCAAUGAGCUGAAAAAGGCCCUGCCGCUGUAUGCACGGCCCGUCUUCCUGAGAUUCCUGCACGAAGUCUCCAAGACAAGCACUUACAAGUUCCAGAAGAUGGAUCUGCGGAAGCAGGGCUUUGACCCUGCGCUGGUGAAAGACAAGUUGUACUUCUUGGACUCCAGGCAAGGCCGCUACCUGCCACUAGACCAGGCAGCAUUCAACAGGAUCCAGUCAGGAGAGCAGAAGCUGUGACUGGUGGGGCUCAAGCAAGGCACCUUCCUGAAUCCUGCCAGGAAGAGGGGAGCAAGGCAGGUGCUGGGGAAGAAAAGGUUCAAGGAGCAAUGUAAAGACACACUAAAGAUUUUAUUUGAUGAGUUUUACAGAUAAUGAUUUGGGGGGAAUGCAGAGGGGACCGAAGGGAGGGAGAUGGUUACAUACCAAAGCAUAGACUCAUUAUGGCUUUAUUUUCUACUUGGUACAGCAGUGGUGGUCGCAUGCCAUGGGAGGGGCAAGGCCCCAGCCAGUUGAGGAGGGGUGGGGGGCCCCUGCCAUUCCACUUUGCUUUUCCUGUCUUUCCCUUCAUUUUCCUGCCUGCAACAACCCUUCCUUGUGAAGGCCAUAAAGGGACCGGUGCUGGGCUCUUUCCCCACUCCUCCACCAAGCAGCCAGCUCCUCCUUGGCACAGGGUCCUUGCUGGCAGAGGGAAGCUGGGUGCCAGGCGCAGCCCCUGCUCCCUGCAUGGCCCUGCUGGUGUCAUCAUGUUUCUGCUGUGAAUCGGGAGCAGGGUAUUGCUGGACUCGGGAGAGGGACAGGGAUGCGUUUCUGCCAUACCUUGCUCUCUCCUGGGGAUGACAUUUUUAUUUUCCACAAUCACAUGCACAUUAUGUUAUAUUUUAUAUAUAUAUAUAUAUUAUACACGCUGACUUU